AGUAACCGGUACCGGCGCAGCGGCGGGAAAACGGCUGCUGCGCCCCGGCCGGAAAAGGCCUGAGGCGCCAAGGCGCGUCACUUCCGCUCGCCAUUUCGCGCAGCACCUCCGCCGCCAUGACGGACCGCUACACAAUCCACAGCCAGCUGGAACACCUGCAGUCCAAGUACAUCGGGACGGGCCACGCCGACACCACCAAGUGGGAGUGGCUGGUGAACCAGCACCGGGACUCGUACUGCUCCUACAUGGGCCACUUCGACCUGCUCAACUACUUCGCCAUCGCCGAGAACGAGAGCAAGGCGCGCGUCCGCUUCAACCUCAUGGAGAAGAUGCUGCAGCCCUGCGGGCCACCCGCCGACAAGCCCGACGAGUCCUAGCCCGCCCCGGGCCCCGGCCCCGGCCCCGCUGGGCUGGCCUUCGGCCCGCAGGAAGGUCCCGGCGAGCAGGGGGAGCGUUGGCGCCUGCGGCCCUUCGGCCUCGUGGUCCCUCCGCUUUGGCCUGUUGUCCCCUCGGAGGACUCGGGCGGGGAGAAGUCCUGCAAAAUGCCCGCUUCUGGACAGCUUCGGCUCUUCUAGCUUGUACAAUCGUUCGGAUUUCUUACAGUGGAAAAUAAUAAAACUUGAUGGGCAUUUCUAA